AUGGUCCAACUUUCAUAUGGGGUUCAAUGUACACGUGCAGCAUUAUUUGCAUUAAAUAUCCUAUUUCUUCUUGUUGGCUUUACUGUAAUGGGUUUAGGUAUCUAUGUUAAAGUCAAUGGAAAUUUUAUUGCUAUCUCUGAAAUUUAUGGUGUAUCAGAAGCACUUGGACGAGAAGCGAUGCAAUGGAUUGGAGUAGGCAUGAUCACUGUUGGUAUAUUGACUGCAUGUUUAGCUGCAUUUGGUUGUUUAGGUGCUGUUUUAAAAAAUCGAGGUUUUCUGUAUACAUAUUCAGUUAUUUUGUUACUUAUUAUAUUCUUUGAAUUUGCUGCUGUAAUUGUAACAUUAGUAUUUCGUAAUGAUUUAUGGAAAACAUAUGAUUCUGGUUUUAUGGAAGUAUUUCAUCAUGCUUAUAGUCAAAAUCAAACAGAAACUAUUAAAAUUAUUGAAAAUUUAGAACGCAAGUUUAAAUGUUGUGGUGUUGAUGGUGCUUCCGAUUAUGCAAGAUAUGGCUAUAAAAUUCCUUCAUCAUGUUAUGCGGAUGAAUCAACCAAACGAAUUCUCUAUAGUCAAGGUUGUGCUGAAGCUGUUGCUAUUUGGGUAUGGAAUAAAUUACCAAUUAUAGCUGGAGUGUUAGGAGCCAUUUUAUUUAUUGAAUUAUUUGGUGUCAUUUCAUCAAUUGUACUUGGUGUAGCCAUAUCUCAUUCAUCCGAUCCCACAUACUAUGUUAAAUUUGACAACUAA